AUGGCACCACUACAUGAAGGUGCCCAACAUGCGUCGUUUCUCCCCUCUCACAGGGAGGUGAAGCUGAUGGAGGCGGCAGUGCUGCACUUCACCUACACUCACUUCUCCGACCUCACGUCUCGGCGGGACCGCUGUGGGUGCAAGCCCAACUCAGAGGACGUGAAGAAAUGCUUUAUGCUCGACUUUGAUCGCCUGGCAUUUAUCAUUGCAUCCACACAGACAGAGGAGCAGAUGUGGUUUUUGCAGACUCACAAGUCAACUCUCCCUUCUCUUCCUCUCUCCCUUUCCCCCCCUAUGCAGGCAUUUAUCAUUGCAUCCACACAGACAGAGGAGCAGAUGUUUCAAUGGUAG